AUGGACCAGGCGCAAAGCAAGAGUGGCCUGCGGUCGCACGGGUCCGGCGGCAAGGCCUCCUCGCGGCCGGGGUCGGGGACGCUGGGAUCCCUGGAGGAGCAAUCGAUGCUGGCCGACCGCGGCGGCGACCGCCGAGAGGUCGUCGUGAAGAUCGAUGGGAACGGGAACGGGCGCGCACCGUUCUCAUUCCAUGGCGCGGACGCGGCCGGCGACGGUGGCGGGGGGAAGGCGGGGAAUGCUACCUCCGGCACGAACUCCACGGCGACCACGCCGCGGACCGAGAGCAGGCCAAGGUCGAGCGAGACCAGCUCGCCUCGGUCACCGGCCAAGGUGUGGCGGGAGGGGAGCUACGAGUUCUGGAACAAUAAUGGUGGCGGCGCCGCUGCCCCGGCCGGCGCCAACGGGCGCCCCGCCGCCACCGAGGCGUUCAGCUUCAAGAACCGUCCGCCGCAGGCGUCUUCGCCUUCGAUGUCGCCGCCGCAGCAGCAGCCGCCGGAGGGCGGCGGAGGCGUGGACCCGCCCACGCGGCUCAUCGCCAACUUCCUCCGGAAGCAGGCGGCGUCCGGCGGGGAGAUGUCGCUCGACCUCGACCUGGAGAUGGAAGAGCUCGGGAGGACGGCGCAGCUGCGCGCGCACCCGUCCUUCUCCAGCUCGCUCGAAAGGGACGGCCGCGUCUCGUUCCAGGAACCCCAGAAGCGGCACUCCACGUCGUCCUGCUCCUCCGAUUCCGACACCGACGACGGCCGGAAGCGCCGCGGCGACGACGGCCAGGUCGUUCGGUGCACGUCCUCCUCUACUGCUGCGGGAGCGGGGCCGUUGUUGCGAGUCAAGACGCGCUCCCGGCUAAUGGACCCGCCGCCGCAGUCGCAGCCCGCGCCGGCGCCGGCGCCGGCAUCGGCACCUGCAGCGUCUCCUGUCUUCGACGAGGACCGGAGAUCUUCAGGCGUGCGGACUCCUACAAAGUCCGGCCGCCUCUUCUCCAGGCUUAUGUCCGGCAACAAGUCCAGCCCCAUUGGUGGCAAGUCAGGUCCCAUGGACGACGAGGAGGACGACCCAUUCGUGGACGAGGACAUCCCCGAUGACUUCAAGCGUGGGAAGCUGGACGCUUUGACCGUCUUGCAGUGGCUCGGCUUGUUCCUCAUCAUCGCGGCCUUGGCUUGCAGUCUCAGCAUAAAGAUCUUGUCCAGGAAGAAAGUGCUGGGUUUGCACCUCUGGAAGUGGGAGCUCCUCGUGUUCGUGCUCAUCUGUGGCCGUCUCGUCUCCGGAUGGGUCAUCAGGAUUGCCGUCUUCGGUGUCGAACGCAACUUCUUACUGAGGAAGCGUGUGCUCUACUUCGUGUAUGGCGUGCGCAGCGCCGUGCAGAACGCGCUCUGGCUCGGCCUGGUGCUCGCCUCUUGGCACUUCUUGUUUGACAAGAACGUCCAGCAGGAGACGAACUCUCCGGUACUGUCCUAUGUGACGAAGAUCCUAUUCUGCUUGCUUGUUGCCACGCUCAUCCGCCUUGUCAAGACAUUGCUGGUCAAGGUACUGGCCUCGUCCUUCCAUGUCUCCACAUACUUUGAUCGGAUUCAAGAGGCAUUGUUCAACCAAUACGUCAUCGAGACACUCUCUGGGCCGCCACUAGUGGAUGAAAACCAUGUGCUUGAGGAGGUUCAUGAGCUGCAACGUGCGGGCGCAACUAUACCAAAGGAGCUGCGCGAUGCAGUACCAACGCAUGUGUCUGGGCAAAGGAACAUUCAGUUAUCAGGGGUCAUGCCUAAGGGAGAAGGUAGCAAGCAGCUGUCGAAGGAGAAAGGGGAGGGGAUCUCUAUUGACGCGCUUCAUAAGCUCAACCAGAAAAACAUCUCAGCUUGGAACAUGAAGAGGCUGAUGAGGAUUGUUCGAUUUGGGACGUUAACGACUAUGGAUGAGCAGAUACAACAGGCAACAGGUCAGGGGGAUGAAUCAGCGACACAGAUACGAAGUGAAUAUGAGGCAAAGAUAGCUGCCAAGAAGAUUUUUCACAAUGUAGCAAAGCCAGGUUCCAAGUACAUAUACUUGUCAGACUUGAUGAGAUUCAUGAGGCAGGAAGAGGCUGUUAAAGCAAUGAAUCUUUUUGAAGGAGCACAGGAGCACAACAGGGUCAGCAAGAGGUCUCUCAAGAACUGGGUGGUGAAUGCAUUUAGAGAGCGCAAAGCUCUUGCCCUUACACUUAAUGAUACAAAAACUGCAGUAAACAAGCUGAACCAGAUGGCUAAUGUCGUUGUGGGGAUCAUUGUGUUUGCUCUCUGGCUUCUUAUUCUGGGAAUAGCAACAACACAUUUCUUUGUCUUCCUCAGUUCACAGCUUCUCCUAGCAGUUUUCGUAUUUGGGAAUACACUGAAGACACUUUUUGAGGCAAUUGUCUUCUUGUUUGUGAUGCAUCCGUUUGAUGUUGGUGAUCGUUGCGAAAUUGAAGGUGUUCAGGUGGUUGUUGAGGAAAUGAAUAUCAUGACAACGGUGUUUCUCCGAUAUGAUAACCUGAAGAUAUAUUAUCCAAACAGCGUGCUUGCAACAAAACCAAUUAUGAAUUACUACAGAAGUCCUGAUAUGGGAGAAGCAAUUGACUUCUCCAUUCAUGUUGCAACUCCUGUUGAGAAACUGGCCCUCAUGAAGGAACGACUACUGCGCUACAUUGAUAACAAGAAGGAACACUGGUACCCGGGUGCUAUGGUUGUACUCCGGGACGUCGAUGACACCAACAAACUGAAAGUAUCAAUAUGGCUGCGGCACACGCUCAACUGGCAGGACAUGGGUAUGCGGUUCGUGAGGCGAGAGCUAGUGCUCCAGGAGAUGAUCAAAGUCCUGAGGGACCUUGAGAUUGAGUAUCGGAUGCUGCCACUUGAUGUGAAUGUUCGGAAUGCGCCUGCAAUUCAGUCCACAAGGAUGCCUACAACAUGGAGUUAUUCGUGA